CUGGGAUGAGCCUGCCGCUGCUUUGGCUACUGGACUCUUCAGGUGGCGGCGUUUGCAGUCGGGCUACGGAGGCCGGGUAGCCAGAUUACGGGAAAGUAUUUAAGAAGCUUGUGGAAUGAUAUGAUUCAGAGUAAUAUUGGAUCUACAAGAAGUACCUCAAGAUAGUUGGAAAAGAAGAAUUUCUAGACUCUUCAUCAAGAUCUUCAUUUACACAGUGGUUAAAUCCAAGGCUCCUGUGGUAAAAUCAUGAAUAAAAAUACACCUGCUGUGGUAUCAUCCAGUCUACUUGAAAAGGAUCCUGCCUUUCAGAUGAUCACAGUUACCAAGGAAACGGGCCUUGGUCUGAAGAUCCUUGGAGGAAUUAACCGGAAUGAAGGCCCCUUGGUAUAUAUUCAGGAAAUUAUUCCUGGAGGAGACUGUUACAAGGAUGGACGUUUGAAGCCAGGAGAUCAACUUGUCUCAAUAAACAGGGAAUCUAUGAUUGGUGUAUCCUUUGAAGAAGCAAAAAGCAUAAUUACUAGAGCCAAGUUAAGGUCAGAAUCUGCUUGGGAGAUAGCCUUCAUAAGACAAAAAUCGGAUGGCAGUCAUCUAGAAAAUCCAUCUUGUACAUCCCUUUUACAAGCUUCAGGAGAAUAUGGACCGCAAGCCUCAACAUUUAGCCUUCUUCCUUCUCCCCCUGAAAUACUAAUUCCAAAGACCUCAUCUACUCCCCAAACUACAGAUACCAUUUUAUCUUCUUUUAGGAGAAAUCAGAUAAAAACUGGAUACAAGAAAACAGAACAGACUCCAAUUACUUCUUCAGAAAACAGCCCUACGGAUAUGUCUAAUACAGAUAUUGCCCCUGCCUGGACUGAUAAUUAUGGACCACAAGGAAAGAAGAUUUCCCUAAAUCCUUCUGUUCGCCUUAAGGCAGAGAAACUGGAAAUGGCUCUAGAUUAUCUUGGUAUUCAGCCCACAAAGGAACAACACCAAGCCCUGAGACAGCAAGUGCAAGUAGACCCAAAGGGGACAGUGUCUUUUGGAGAUUUUGUCCAGGUUGCCAGAAACUUGUUUUCCUUGCAGUUGGAUGAAGUAAAUGUUGGUGAAUGCGAAAUUUCCAACAUACUAGAUUCACAGCUUCUUCCCUGUGAUUCCUUAGAGGCAGAUGAAAUGGAAAGGCUUAAGCGUGAAAGAAAUGAUGCCUUGGAGGAAGUGAAUACACUCAAGGAAAAACUAUUUGAAUCAGAAAGGCAAAAGAAACAGUUGACAGAAGAACUCCAGAAUGUGAAACAAGAAGCCAAAGCUGUUGUUGAAGAAACCAGAGCCCUGCGAAGUCGGAUUCACCUUGCCGAAGCCGCACAGCGACAGGCACACGGAAUGGAAAUGGACUAUGAAGAAGUGAUCCAUCUGUUAGAGGCCGAGAUCACAGAUCUAAAGGCUCAGCUUGCUGAUUAUUCGGACCAAAAUAAAGAAAGUGUUCAGGAGUUAAGAAAGAGAAUCACAGUGCUCGACUGCCAAUUGCGAAAAUCGGAAAUGGCUCGAAAAACUUUUGAGGCAUCCACUGAAAAGCUUCUUCAUUUUGUAGAGACUAUUCAAGAAUUACUUUCUGAUAAUUCUUAUCCUUUAUCAAAUUUAAGUGAAAGAAGAGCUUUGUUAGCUUCUCAGACUUCCCUCACACCCCUGGGAAGGAACGGACGUAACAUCGCAGCAACACUGGCACUUGAAUCUAAGGAACUUGUUAAAUCUGUUCGGGCCGUACUUGAUAUGGAUUGUCUACCUUAUGGGUGGGAGGAAGCUUACACAGCAGAUGGAAUCAAGUACUUCAUCAAUCAUGUAACACAGACGACAUCCUGGAUCCAUCCCGUGAUGAAUGCACUGAACCUGUCUUGCUCAGAGGAAAAUGAAGAGGACUGUUCCAGAGAACUUCCUGAUCGAAGAGUUGAUGGUCUUCUGUAGGAAGCAGAGCUCCAAGGUCUCUAACUUCUCAGUCUACAUGGAUGACUCCAACAUGCAAUGGUCUAAAAUAGGAGUAGUAAAGCACACACUACUUAUUGAAGUUCUAAAAUGGAGACUCUGGGUUUAGUCUACUUUUGUAAGACUUUUUUUUUUUUUUUGGACUGUGAUGAGCAUUUUUUUUAUUUAAUUGAAGUGUAAUUCACAUAUAGUGUUCUAUCAGUUUCAAGUGUACAGUAUAGUGAUUCAGUAAUUCUGUGCGUUACUCCGUGCUCAUCAUGAUAACUGUACUCUUUAAUCCCUUUUAUUUCAUCCAUUCUCCUACCCGCCUCCCCCCAGCAACUACCAUCUUGUUCUCUGUAUUUAAGAGUCUGCUUUUUUGUUUGUCUCUUUUUUUCUUUGUUUGUUUGGUUUGUUUCUUAAAUUCUGCAUAUGAGUGAGAGCAUAUGGUAUGGUAAAACUUUUUGAUAUAAGUGUGUACACUUACAAGAUCAGUUGCCACUACAGUAGUCCUUUAAGAAUAAUCUAGUUGUAUUUUUUGAAAUCAUAUAUAGAUUUUAUCAUAUGUAUAAUUUUUCAUAUACAACUUGAUUUGUAAUUUUAUAUAUAGUUCUUUAUAGAGUAUCCGAUACAACGGGUUUUUUUAAUUAAGACUUACUGGAAAAUUAUGUGAACACAGUGAAGCACUUCAUUUAUUUGAUGUGACUAACCUUUUAUAUUAGUAUCUUGGGAAAGUGCUCUGAGCAAGCUUUUGGGGGUUUGUUAAGGAUCACAUUUGGACAACUAUCUCAUUGGCUACUGAAUGCAGUUUACGUUAUUUGUGGGGCUCUCUAACUUACGAAAUGCUCUUCAGGCCCUGUUUUGUUCAACAUGCCCAUAAGGCAGAUCCAGUGGGUAUUUUUAUUCUUGUUUUUCAGUUAGGGAAAUAGUGGUUCAGAGAAAUGAAGCACCUUGUCCUGGAGCUGAGAUUCACACCUGAGUCUUCUGAUUCCACGUCGAACCCCUUUUCUGCUGCACCCCGCUGUCCCUGCAGAGGGAGGUCACAGCCCAACACGCAGGCCACAGUGGCCCUAUUGAUACAGCUGAGCUCCACAGCUGUGCACUCCAGUGGCCACAGAGAUUCAAGAGGUACCUCUUCAGUCGGAUGUUGCCCCCACAUAACCCCACUAUUCUCCUAUAAACCCUUCCACCUCCCAUACCCCCAAAUAUUCACCAAGUCAGGGUGCAGCUCUGUGAUGCCCUUUCAAUAGGCUUCUUUCAGCAGCUCACAUUUUUCUAAAGUAAAGGGACUGGUUUACAUCAGGGGUCUGCCCUGCCAGAGGGAACAUUUGCAGGGAGUUAAUGAGAAGUGGGGCACCCAGAAUCUCCUCUGCUAUCUGGACACAUCCACAAACUCUCCUGCUGUGAGUUCAAGACUGACCUCAUGACUGCUGAUGUCACCUCCCAAACUGAUUACACUUUCCAUCUUCUGUUAUUUUGUUGUAAGGAUGCCACAAGACAGCUCCUGGAAGGACUGAGCCAUUGACUUGGAGUGCUAAAGAUUUUCUUUUUAGUGAUUUAAACCUGGGGCUAGGAAUUGGGGCAGAGUGAGGACAAAGUCAUUUUAAAUGUCCCGGGUGUUAGGUACCAACUGAAUGAUAAAAAGGGAUUUGUUCAUAUCCAAUGUCCUGAUACCGUUAGGUAAUAUACUUAGGAAGAAAGUGAGUAAGAAUCAUUAAGUGAUCAGAAUACCCUGUUCUUAACCAUGCCUGGUAAGACUGAGAAAUUACUGUUUGUCACAGUGGCCUCUUCUUCCCAACCCCUUCCUCCUCAUUCCCUCUCCACCUCUGAAAUACAAACAGGAAAAAGGAACCCAGCCUUGGGGAUCAUGUGAUUUGGAGAUUUUUUUUUUUCCAAACAUCUUUUGGUGAAAAAGACUCAUUUUUCAAAUGGGCUUUCAAGCAGAAUCCCAAGAUAUGUAACAGGUUUUUUGUUUUUUUUUGUUUUUUUUUUUUUUAAAUAUUGUGACUCUGCUUGAAAUGAGAGAAGCCUGAAGCCCAAUUAAAGCAGCCCCCAGCAUGGCUGUGCAAACCUACAGAUCCUUAGAAGAUAGCAUAAGAUUCCUCAAUUGUAGCCAUUGUAUAGAUAAGUAAAUUGAGAUCCUAAGAGGUCACACAGUGAGUCAGUGGCCAGGUCAAGACAAGACCUAGAUCCCAAAGCCUCCUACCCUACUAAAUUUCAUACGGCGCGUAAUAUAGAUAGAUGUAUGUUGUAAAUAUAAGUCUACGUUGUGAAUAUAUAUAGGAUUUAUAAUUUACGUCUUGAAUAAUAACAUAAAGUCAAAUCUAGGUGGAUAGGUAGUCAUUAGCCCCAAGAAAAGUUUCAGAAUGGCUGAAGAAGGCUCAUGCUUCUCCUGACAGCUGUGUGAAUAUGAGCAAGCUUCAGGGAGACAAGUUUUGAGAGAAGCCCUCGAGGGAGCUCUUUCCUUGUGUCCCCCAGAGGUGAGUGAGAUUCUCAAACACCUGAAGUUACUUUUAUAAGUUAGUGUCUAUAAUUGUCAAAGUACAGACUUUUUGUUGCUAAAUUAAUGGUAUGAAAUUCCCCUCCCCCUACUGGGAGUGUUUUUUAUAAUUUGUUUCUAAGUGAAGAAAACACAGAGGAGUCUCUUGAGAUCAAGGUCCUCAGGCAUGCAUUUUACCGACAGACACCUUAUAUGUUAACUUUGCUGGUUUGUGCCACUUUCUUCCUUGCUUCCUCAUGGAAUACCUCAUGGUAAAGGUCUUUGGAAAUUGUAAGGAUAUUAUUUGUUGAGCAUUUUGUACUACACAUUGUGAUGGGUACUUUGCAUAGAUUAUUUCAUUAUCUUCCUAAAACAACCCCAUGAGGAAGAAACUAUAAUCCCCAUUUUGUAAAGAAGAGAUUGAGGGUUAGAGAGAGUUGCCAGUCUUUGCCUAGGGGGUCACACAACACCUACAUGUGGAAGCCAGGGUCCAAGGCAGAUCUGGCACAGCCACUCUCUUAAACCACUCUGCAGAGCUGUUUAGAUCCAUUGUAUGUGACACUGGGGGUAGAGGUAGGGUCCGUGAGUCAGUUUUUCAAAGGAGCAGAUUCCAGUUCAUUGCAACAAGGAACUUUCUGAUAGUUGGGGCUCAUCAGGAAAGAAUUACCCUGUGGGAAGAAAGCACUGACCCAAGAAGUGUUCAAUCUGAGCUCCUUAUUAUGGGAAUGGUACUGAGGACGUUCAGGGUCUGAAUCGGCUGGACUGUUGAGCUCCGUCUGAGAUUCCUUCCUCUUUAUGACCUCCAAGCCAACAGAUAAAUGCCCAAGAGACAAAGAAACAUGGUGGAGACUCAUUAAGAAUCCUUAUCCAAUGCAAAUAGAACGAUCAGACUGUUUUUUAGUGAGUUGAUGUUUAUACAACCAGUUUUUCCUUAAUAUAAAUCAACCCUAUUAAUGUGAUAAACUUCUCUGUUGACCCACUGGCUUAGAUUCUAGGGUUAGAAAACCUUGAUGUUCUUACGUCCUUCCAUCUCACUUCAUGAAAGAGUGACCAGGGUCGGUCAUCCUUACUCCUUUAUUCUGAGAGUACUUAGAGAGCAUCAACGGUGUGCCAAACACAGUGUGAGGCACCAAGGCAGAGUAGGGCAAAAUAACCAUUUCCUGGGUCCUCUUACUCUUGGUUAAAAAUUAAAAAGCUUCUCAGGUGGCCAGAGUGCAACAGCUUGUUUUUAACUUUUGAAUUUUAAAAGUAAUCUAGUUCCAUUGAAAAAUCAAGUAGUAGGGAAUUGUAUAAAGUAAACAACAACAACAACAAAACUCAUCUCGCUUUCCAGAAGUAGCCAUCACGAAUACUUUGAUGAGUAUUUUUACUCAAAGUUAAUCAUACUGUUAAGCAGCUUGCUUUUGAUGUAAUUUAUUGUGGUCUUUUUUUUUUUUCAUGUCGAUGCAUAGAUUGUUCCAUUUCAAAUAUCUGCAUAAAAUAUCACUACCCAGAUAACUCAUAAUUUCUGCAGCCGUCAGUCUAUUUGAUGAACACUUAAGCUGUUCUGAGUUGUCUUCUGUUACAAACAAUGUCACAGUGAACAUCCUUACAGUCACUGAAUCCUUUUCUUCAUAUAUGCAUGCACUCUUAUGCCAAUAGGACUAUAAUGGGAAUACAUUCAUAAAAGUAAAUUGCUAUAUCAAAGAUUUGUUCAUUUUAAUUUUGGUAAAUAUUCAUAAAUUCUCCUGCAUUAAAAUAGAACCAAUUUACACCACCA